GGAGCGCCUUGUCCCUGGGGAGGGCGGCUCCUGCUGAAAGGCUCCAGGCAUCCUCCUGAUACGCGAGAGGGAAACAAAUAUUCCACGGCCUACGUUGAAUAUUUUGGAGAGAAGGUCAGAUCAGUCCCCGCUCAUGGAGGUGAGGCCCGUGAGGGCUGAGCCAUUACCAGAAGAGCCCGUCGGAGUCACCGUAUUGAAGAAUUCAGGCCCGAUGAACCGUGCAUCAACAGACGUCACCCCACCAGCUUCCAGCACAAUGCGGACAGUCCACAGACGUUCGCUGAGUGAGCCAGGGGAACCGUAUGCGUGGUGGUGCCUUCUAGAGCGGGACUGCCACGGUGCACCUGUCAGUGGGCACCUUGGCCCCGUGACGAUGCUUGGCAGCAGGAAAUGCCCGCAUUGGAGACAUUCGGGUUCAUUCAAAAAGUCCUGUUCUCUCUCAACCAUGAAGCAGCAGCUCCCAACAACGCUCUGGGACUCCCCGUGGUCAGGGACCAGGAUGACAUUCUUCCGUGUGAAGGUGUAUGGCAACAAGAUAAGGGUCUGUCAGCGGAAGAAAUAAUAUUUUUGAGAGAGUUUCCCCUCAUCGAAAGAGAGCUAGAAGAGGACAUCAGAAAGCUCCAUGCCCUUGCGGACGACAUCGACGCAACCCACAGAACAUUCGCCAAGACCCACAUGGUGGCCUCCUCCAUGACUGUGGUCUCAAAUGCCAUGACCAUGCUGGGUCUGGUCUUUGCUCCAGCCACCGUAGGAGGAAGUCUGAUGCUCUCUGCUGCUGGUAAAGCCUUGGGGACAGUAGCUGGGGUAACCAGCACCUUCACCGACGUUAUGGAACACUUUCAAAAGCAAGAAGCUCAAACUCAGGCCAGCAGCCUAGUGCCCGCCGAUGACAAUGAGGUCGAGGAGGCCCCGAGAAAGAUCUUCCACGUCGUGAGUGUUGGAAAGAAGGCCUAUGAGUAUGGAAGGAGCAUCGGGGAUGUUAAGAGGAACAUCAACGCCUUUCAGAUAGCCAGAGCCAACCCGAAGCUGACCACCGCUGCCAAGCGUUUCCUGAACACUGGCCAAGUCUCAGCCCGAAGGAGCAAGCAGUUGCAAAGGGCCUUUAAGGGCACAACAGUGCUGAUAAAGAAAAAUGCUCGCGUGCUGUGUGGUGCCUUGGCUGGCUUCUCCCUCUGCCACGACGUGGUCACCCUCCUGAGGGACUGGAAGCACCUGAAGGAAGGAGCAAGGACCAAGUUGGCAGAAGAGCUGAGGGCCCAGGCCGGGGUGCUGGAAGAGAAGCUGAUGGAACUCACCCAGCUCUAUGAGAGCCUGCAGCAGCGGAAACUCCUGCAAGAGCAAAGGCCCAGGAGCUCAUCUUCCGGCAGAGCCACGGCAUCUCUGGCUUAGCCCUCAGGCAGGUGUGGGGAAGCAGGACUCCAGGUGACAGGAGAGGACACGGGCAGGCUGAGCCCAGGGGGCUCUGAGCAGAAUUAAAGAGGAUAGGGUGGGGGCGGGCUGGGUUGACAGAGGCGAUGCCUGGAAACUUAGCAACUGGGAGGUCCAACUGGGGCCUGAGGGCGCUGUCAGCGAGUGAGUGUGGUGAGGUCCGUCUGUCCUGCCUCCCCUUCACCACCCUGCUUCUUCAUUGUCCCCCAUCUCUUCGCUCAGGCGCCGCCGCGUUCCCGCUGCUUCUCCUGUGCCCCAUUCACUCACGCUCACGCAGUAGGGCUGCAUGAAGCAUGUAUCAGUUGGUGCGGGUUCGCUAUUAAACGCAGAGGAGAGGACAGCAGGGUCCCUAAGGUGAGGGGCAUCUCUGUACUCACCUUUCCGUGGCUGGCUGCCUGCUCUGCUGCCUCCCCCCCCCACCCCAAUGCUGGGUAAGACCUGGAUUUGCGCACAACAGGAAGUCACUGGAACCUGCUGGACCAGAUUCCAUCAGGAAGGAGAGAGGCCCAGGAGCCCUUCUCUCCUCCCCCAGUUCAGAGCAACUUAGGAUGUCCUUGGAACCUGUGAGGCCCUCUCCAGUCUUCCGGCGUCACCUGUCUUCAACCUACUUCUUUCUUAUGUUUUAGCUGCUAUUUUGAAAGUAGUGCAUGGACAUUAAACACAACUUUUUAAAAUUCAGGCAGGGGCACCUGGGUGGCUCAGUUGGGUAAGCAUCGGCCUUCAGCUCAAGUCAUGAUCCUGGGGACCUGGGCUCGAGCCCCACAUCCGGCUCCCUGCUCAGCUGGGAGCCUGCUUCUCCCUCUCCCUCUGCCUGAUGCUCCCCCUGCUUAUGCUCUCUGUCAAAUAAAUAACAUUUUAAAAAAAUAAAAUAAAAUACAAUUCAGGCAAGUAAAACAUAGGGGUUAGAUAUAAUGCAUCAACCAAGGGUGACGACUGUUGGCAGUCUGGUGUAGAGUUUCCAUCCUUGGUUUUUCUCUUGCUUUGGGUGUUCAGACGCCAGCAUUCUGUACUUGUCAUGAGACUGCCCGCUGGGAACCCUCCCUAAAGGCUGCAUACUAGAUUUUUUUUCUGCAGGCCAGAGUUUUCUCUUUCUCUCAUUCUCAAUUCCCUCAUUUGCCUACAGAUCUAGAACUUUCCAGGUUGCUGUUUUCACUUCGCAUUAUUUUCCUACCAUUCUCUAUUUCACUUAGUUUUUAUAGACUCUUCUUUAUGUUACAAAAUAUUCUCUUAAUUAUAUAUACAAUCUUUUAUAUUAAGCAUAUGUUACUUAGUUUUCAUAGACCUUUUUUAUGUUACAAAACAUUCUCUUGAUUAUAUGUAUAAUCUUUUAAAUUAGACAUAUGUUAGUCAUCACUUUCUGUUUUAAGUGACCAAAAGCAACGCAAACUGGCCUACACAAAAAAGGGAGUUUAUUGACUCGUGUGCUUAGACAGCUUAGGGGUAGAGCGGGCUUCAGGUGUGUCUGGAUGCAGGAUAAAAAUGAUGUCAUCAGGUAUUUGUCUUCCCAUUUCUCAGACAGGCCGGCACCAGAUCCAGACCAGAGCUCCCCCCAACUCCCCCUGCACCCCUGUGUAUCCCCUUCCAGCCCUGUGCUCCCAAGAGGAAAGGGGAGGGGCAGAGGUCCAGGGACCACUCUGAUUGGUCAGGACUGGGUCACGUGCCUUUGCCUGUGCCAGAUGCUGGCCUGAGCGGUGGGCUCUGUAGGGUAGGUGAAUGGAGAAAGAGGAAAAGCAACAAGGGGUACACUAGCUGCCCUCUUCUUUCAGGGACAUUUAGAUUAUUUCAAUCUUUUUUUUUUUUUUAAGCAUAGCGGUAAAAUGACUGUGUGCCAAAAGCUUGUUGUAUUAUUAUUACAAUUUGUUUUCUUAAAAUAGAGUCCCUGAAUUGGGAUCCCUGAAUAAAGAAGGACCCUAUGAAGGGAAAGGAGGAUUCUCCACCUACCCCGCAUUACAGUAGUGAAUUACAUCAUGGGGAACGGGAUAGACGGAAAGCGUGGAGGGGAAAGAGAGCCACUGUCCCCAUUUCAGACAGUCCCGGUUUCCACAUCCCACCAUCGCGGGGCUUAAAUGGUUGCCGUGCCAUGCCCGGGCCACUGUGCUUCCUGCUUUUGCUGUUCUCAUUUCUUCUCAGAAGUUCUUCAUGAACAGAAUGAUGACAGAAAAACCAUCUGAAGGCCUGAGCUACGCGGGAGGCCCUUUCCGAUUUCUUUCCAAGUCCACAUGACUGUGUAGAAACUGUUCAGACCAAGAGCCAGAUUUAUGGCCCGGCACGCAUGCGUCGUGCGGCAUACACCUGCUGUGCGAAGGAGCCGCCCGAAGGAAAACCGUGUUGUCCUUGAACUGGCAGUCAAUGCUCCUACUCCCUGCAUUCCUUCCGCGCAAAGCCGUCAUUCCUGCCUGCGUGCGGGUCUAUAAUGGUUUAGAGCUUUUACAAGAUGAAAGAGAGGCUGUAACCCUGUAAACACGCUUCAUUCUCCCGAGCUCGUUCUUCCCUAGGAAGAGCAUGUUUCCCGGGGGCAGCUGUCCUUCCUGACUCGGGCUCGAAUUAAAUGCUCUUUCUUACUUUUA